AUGCAGUUCACUGUGAUUAAUGGAGUCAAAUCGGACAUGUUACCAGUAACAAAUGGUAUACCACAGGGAUCUGUUUUAAGCCCUAUUUUGUUCUCUAAUGGUCUGCCCGCCGCCAUUACCACAGGAUCCCUGUUCAUGUACGCGGACGAUGCGUCAAUUUUCAGCAUCGGAGAGUCUGCAGACACAGCGGUUGCUACCUUGUACUGUGCUCUGCAAGAGGUCUACAGGGGGUGCCUAGAGAAUCGCUUAACACCUCGCCCGUUUAAGAGCGAAGUCAUGUUAAUUAGUACACCAACCAUUAUAAGACCGCUACCUCCAAUAUUUUUGGGUACAUCUGUUUUAGGCUAUGUCAAAAAAUCGAGUCUUCUUGGAAUGAUUGUAGAUGACAAGCUUACCUGGAUACCGCAUAUGCUAGAACUAAAGAAAAACUUUGCGAACAAAAUAGACUUAUUGAAGCGCUCAAGGUUCUUGCCCAAAAGUGUCCUUUUAAACUUUUAUUUUAGUGUAAUAUUACUGUAG